CACUGGGUGAGUGUCGACGAAUCGAGCUCACCCACAGUGUCUUCUCUCCAUGCUGAAAACGUGCGAACGUUUCAGGGCGAGGGAACCGUGUUGGACCGCAGUGAACGUGGUUUUACUGCAGAUCCAGGGAGAGGAGCCUGUUUGCAUUCUUCUGCAGGUGCAAGACAAUGGAGGUGAAAAUCGAACAGCAGGACGAAGACAUCACAUUCAGCAACACUGACACAAAUAGUAAACGCCCAGCUGAGGAUAUGGAUGAGGAGCAAGCCUUCAAACGUUCGCGCAACACAGACGAGAUGGUGGAGCUGCGCGUGCUGCUUCAGAGCAAAAAUGCUGGUGCUGUUAUUGGAAAGGGUGGAAAGAACAUAAAAGCCCUACGCACAGACUACAAUGCCAGUGUAUCAGUCCCAGACAGCAGUGGCCCAGAGCGGAUCCUGAGUGUGAACGCCAGCAUCGACACUAUAGGAGAGAUUCUGCUGAAAAUCAUACCAACUCUAGAGGAGUACCAGCAUUACAGCGGGAUUGAUUUUGACUCCGAGCUUCGACUGCUGAUCCAUCAGAGCUUGGCAGGGGGCAUCAUCGGGGUGAAAGGUGCCAAGAUAAAGGAGCUGAGAGAGAACACCCAGACCACCAUCAAGUUGUUCCAGGAGUGCUGUCCACACUCCACUGACAGAGUCGUCUUGGUGGGAGGAAAGCCAGAACGCGUCAUUGAAUGUAUAAAAGUUAUCCUGGAGCUGGUGUCAGAGGCGCCAAUCAAAGGUCGUGCCCAGCCUUAUGACCCUAAUUUCUAUGACGAGACAUACGACUAUGGAGGUUUCACCAUGUUAUUCGAGGAGAGAGGCAGACGACCCAUUGGUGGCUUCCCCAUUCGUGUGCGUGGAGGCUUUGAGCGCAUGCCCCCCGUUCGUGGCAACAGACCCCUGCCUCCCUCCAGAAGGGACUACGACGACAUGAGCCCCCGUCGGGGUCCUCCACCACCGCUGAGCAGAGGUGGACGAGGUGGCAGCCGAGCACGUAACUUGCCUCUUCCCCCACCUCCGCCGCCAAGAGGAGGGGGAGACAGGUUCUCACAUGGCAGCUACCACAGCAGCAUGGACGACAGACCAAGUGACAGAAGAGGCCGAGGAGGAGACCGUUAUGACAGCAUGAGUGGAGGCGGAUAUGACAACAACUCUUCCUGGGAGCACUUUCAGUCUGGUGGUAGAGGGUCAUACAGUGAUAUAGGAGGCCCAGUCAUCACAACACAAGUCACCAUCCCAAAAGAUCUGGCUGGGUCCAUCAUUGGUAAGGGUGGCCAGAGGAUCAAGCAGAUCCGCCAUGAGUCUGGGGCAUCCAUCAAGAUUGAUGAACCACUAGAGGGCUCUGAGGACCGCAUCAUCACCAUCACAGGAACACAGGACCAGAUCCAGAACGCCCAGUAUCUGCUGCAGAACAGUGUGAGGCAGUACUCCGGUCGGUUCUUUUAGGACGAAGGAUGUGAAGAAGAAGAGUGAAGCCAUGCUGCCAUACUGUUUGCUCCUUCUAUUCAGAGCCUACAUUCCUCUGCUUUGGGUAGAUGUGCCCCCCCCCCCCCCCCACACACACACACUAUCACACACUAUCACACACUAUCACACACUACACCACCUAUCUAUACAUUGGAAAUUUUAUUUAGAGGAGUUUUGAAAAAUCUUAAGCUGUCAAACAGCAAACAAGGAGUCAACCACAUUUCUGUGCUGGUGUAAUUAUUUUCUGGGAGAUUCUUGUGCCGUCAUUGGAGUAAACUCAUCUGUGUGAUAACUUUCUGUGUUGUGAGCUGCCCCUUAUCUCCCUCAUUUCAGUACAGCAUGCAGAAUGUAAUCUUUUUGUAAGGAACAUGAUGUGAUUUAUAGGUUUUUGUUUUUUUUCCCCGUCAAACAUUGAAGCACCCCCUCCAAAUGAAGAUGCAUGGUCUGAAGAAUGGUUAAAGAACCAUUUAAAUAAACUUUAUUACUUUAAUUUUUACACAACAUUCAACACCCUUUUCCACUUUAAAAUAAAGUGCUUUUUGUAAAAUGGACUUUAUAGCAAUAGCUCGACAUUUUAGGAAAUAUACGUAUUUGUUUCUGGCUCAGAGUUUUAGAUGACAAGUUUGAUACCAUUCUCUUCGGCCAUUUUCACAGAUAGACUUUGUUUGUGGCUUAGAUCAAACUAAUAGACGAAAGAUAGAUGCCAUGUUCAUCCAUAGCACAAGGCUGCCUUGUUCUUGAGUCUUAAGUAGGACUAAUUUGCCAUGAAUUCUAGGUAAAUAAAGACUGCAGCUGCACAGGCGCCCCAAAAAAGCCCAAAUCAGUUGUUAUCUACACAAUUUGAUUAAUCACUAAUUUAUUAGAAUUUCACACCACUCAAGUAAAAUAUAUGCUAUGAUGAGUCCUCCAUCCUCCGUCUUGUGGCCUUGUCUUAUAGAGGGACUCUGUCAAAAUCCAGUCUUAAUACCUUAACUGUUAUAGUUUAUAUUUAGCUUGUUUGUUGUAAAUUUCUAUUGUAUCAGAUUACUUCCAUUUUUUCUGUGAGGUAAUUAACACACAUAAAACCUCUGACAGGGUCGUAUUAUGUUCACUAUAGAAGUACUGAAAGGCUGCGAACUACAAUCAUUUACAUACAUCUGAUGAUUAUUUUCUUUAAUAGUCAAUUGAUUAAGUGGAUAAAAUGCCAGUAAAUAGUGAAAAAAAGCUCAUCCUUAUUCCUUGAAUCCCAAAUUAUAAUAAUGGGUAGAAAAAUAAAUCUUGGCUCAAGUUUGAACCCACAGCUUAACUCAUUAAAUUCAGGCCUGUUUCUUGUUAAAGUUUACAUCCGUUCAUAUAAAAGAAGAGUUUUAAUGUUUAAAUAAUUGAAUUACACUGAAAACUAAACUCAUAGGCUGGAGAAGCAGCCCUCUCUUAGAAGAAUAUUAAAAAGUAGCCUACUUUUAUGAUGACUGGGUGGGUUCCAGGCUCUGAUUUAGCAGUUCUUCCAGUUAAAUCUGAUAGUACUCAUAAAACGGCUAAGCUAAUUGUCAUUUAUACAGUUUGGGUUUUAUAUGGAAUGCACAAAUGAGGUAUAAACUGUUAAUUUCUGAACAUUAUUAUGCUCAUGAGACCUAAAUGAGAGUAGUAUCUCAUCUUAAGUGAACUCUCUGCCACAAAAUAAAUAAAUAAAUAUAUUCCCAAAAUGUCAAACUUUUGCUGUAAAUUGGGAUAAAUGUGCCAGUGUGAUAUAGCAAAAAAGAAAAUUUUAAGAAAUUUUGUUUUUCAUUGAAAGUCAAGGAUCUGUAUAAAGUGUGUGUGUGUAUAUAUUUACAUAGAAGUCGUUAAUUUCAUGAGUGGUUAGGUUGGCCCAGACUACUUUCUGCUUUCUCAGAAGGAGAUGGAGCCAAAAGGCAGGUUUGGUAAAUUUUUUCUUUUUUCUUUCUUUGUUUUUUUUUCUCUGUCGUUAUUAGAUUUAUUUUCUGCCACUCACUUGGAUGGACUUCGCUGCAAUGCAACCUUAAUAUCUGAUCUGUUAGAUCCAUUUAUUCUUGCAUAAAAGUCUUGUUUGUAAUUUGUAAGCUUUUUUUUGAUGAUCUCCUAAAAUGCAGUUGGAUGUGAGGAGCAUACAGCUUUGCGAGUCCAUGAGUGGUGCUUUCUGUCCGGUCAUAUCUGUAUUUCUGUGUCUGAUAUCUGUAGUACCUGCAGGUGUUGAGUAAAUAAAGUCUGUGUUACAGUUCAAUA